AAUUCGACUAUUAGGUUUAGUAUCCGGUUGACAGCCGGUGAGGCGGCGGCGUGAUGAUAUCCUAGCGAUUUACGAUACGCGCGCCGCCUCUGCGCGAUAAUCUGUAAAUUUGUAAAUAAUUUUUUACAUAAAUCACAAAUGUGAACAAUGUUGUAAAAAAUAACUGUGUGUGACUGUUAAAAUUUAAAUCAAAAUCCUGUCAUAACAAUACGUUAUCGUGCGGCUUAUAACAUUAUCUUAUAUACAAUUUAUAAUUAAACCAAAUUAUAGAAGUGUUGCAUAAACAUUAUAAUUUAAUUUUAUAUACUGAAAUUAAAAGACGUGAAAGAAGCUUUGUUAGUGCGAAUAAAUUUAAGUAUUGCUAUGGUUAAGUAGAAGAAUAAAUCAGGAUUCUUUAAACAUUAUUCUGAAUAAAAAGAUUUAUUCAAGUGAUUAACAUAAAGUUAAAUGAUUGCAAAAUCGGCAAUGGCGGAUCGGGAACGUCCUGCGAAAACACCCAUCAGGGUGGGCUUUUAUGAUAUAGAAAGAACCAUUGGCAAGGGAAAUUUUGCCGUUGUUAAGUUAGCCCGACAUCGAAUAACGAAGACUGAGGUAGCAAUUAAGAUAAUAGAUAAAUCGCAAUUAGAUGCCAGUAAUCUUCAGAAGGUGUACAGAGAAGUUGACAUUAUGAAGAGGCUGGAUCACCCACAUAUUAUUAAGCUUUACCAGGUCAUGGAAACGAAGAACAUGAUCUACAUUGUUUCAGAAUACGCAAGCAAAGGAGAAAUUUUUGAUUACAUUGCGAGGUACGGGCGCAUGGCGGAGCAGGCAGCCCGGCGAAAGUUUUGGCAGAUACUCUCUGCGGUGGAGUAUUGUCACGAGAGGCGGAUAGUACAUAGAGAUCUUAAGGCGGAGAAUUUGUUGCUGGACGCGAACAUGAACAUAAAGAUCGCAGAUUUCGGCUUCAGUAACUAUUACGCGCAAGGGGAACUCCUUGCUACGUGGUGCGGAUCGCCCCCGUACGCGGCGCCAGAAGUGUUCGAAGGCAAGAGGUAUACGGGACCUGAAAUCGAUAUAUGGAGUCUCGGGGUGGUGCUGUAUGUGCUUGUAUGCGGGGCACUGCCAUUCGACGGCUCCACACUGCAGUCCUUACGAGACAGGGUGCUGUCUGGAAGGUUUAGGAUACCGUACUUCAUGAGCGAAGAAUGCGAGUCGUUGAUUCGCAAAAUGCUAGUCCUUGAGCCAAUGAAGCGGUAUACGAUAGAGCAAAUAAAGAAGCACAGGUGGAUGGCAGCGGAGCCCUACGCGGUGCCCACGGUCACGGCGGACCCGAUGAGGAGCCCCGCCCACGUCGCGCACAGUCAUGAGCCUAACGAACAAGUGUUGAGGCUUAUGCAGAGUUUGGGAAUCGAUCCUGUUAAAACUAAAGAGAGCCUUCGGUCGAACAGUUACGACCACCACGCGGCGAUCUACCUGCUGCUGCUGGAGCGGCUGCGCGCGCGCGCGUCGGACCGCCGGCCCGCGCGCCGCCCCUCCUCCGUCGCUGACACCGCGCUGGCCCGCGACGCGCACGACCGCCGGGACCACCACAGGUUAUUACACGCUAACGAUCAACCGAGAGAUUACAGUAGGGUACAGCAAAACAUGCCCGUACCAGACGCCUCAUCCGCAGAGACACAACGCUUACUUUCUCUCGCGGGGGUUAAUAUGACGGAACAAAGAUUGCUUCAACGAAACUCUGAUCCUUCUGACACACAUCGGAGUUUUCUAGUCGCUAACGUCGAUAGAAGCCACGAGUCGGAAUCCACGAGGCUCCUCUCUAUGAGGAACGUGGACAUAUCUCAAUCGAACCAAAGGUUAGGCGCCAAAUUGAACGAAGGCCCCACACAUAAGCUAUUGGCAUCAACGUAUGAGCAACAGCAAAACAUAUUGAAGCAGUCUAGCGAAGAUUGCCGACGAUUACUUCAACAAUCUACUACUGUUGGCCCAGAGACGAAUAAAAAUGCAGCCGAUGGUACUCGGCUACUGACCUCCUCCAGUUUUGAUUCAAAAUGUGCUAUAGACGGCGGCAGAACAUCCGCUACAGCCGAUCAUAAUGUUAUCGCAAAUUUUCUCCAAAACUCCGCAUCUGCAACUAAUUUUAAUUUAGAUUCUAUGAAAAUGCCCAGUUCGACGACUUUCACUAUGUGUUCAGAAGCCGCAAAACUUAUGAAUACAUUGCAACAGUCGCCUCUACCUCUAAAAGGUACGGUCAAUCUUAGUACUAGUCCAAUACCGUCUCAGUUCACCGAUUCCAAACUGUCCAGCGUUUUAGAACAACCUAAGCCACUUGAGUCGAGUAGGCUCGUGGCCGCCCAGCAACAGGACAUCAAUAGGCUACAAUCGAGUACACCACCAUUUAAAGAUUAUAUGAAUCAUCUCCCGGCGUAUUCCUAUUUGCAAAAUACAAUGCAACAAAUGCCAGCAGAAACUAGUUUGACAAUGUCUGCAGCGGCUGGGGAAUUAUAUCAAAACACAUUAUAUAGACCCGAUAGCAAAUUCUCCUUAAAUAGGUAUACCACUGGUCAAACAUAUAACCAAGCUCUACCCGGUACUUCGAAUGAGGCGACAAAAUUUCAACAACAAUACUCGUCAUCCACGGACGAAGGCUGCGAGACCGAUAUGGAAGACGUCCCAAACGUUGCCAGCGGGGUUCAAAACAGACUAAGUUCAUACGCUAGCUCGAGUUCCAGUAGCGGCGUAGUCACUUUUUUUAACAACAAAAGCCUCAGCCAAAAUUUAAGUUGCGAUUCGUCUCAAAGCAAUUUCUCUGCAUUCGAAAGUAUCGAUUACCAAUUAUCGGACUGUUCGAGCGAACUGGCCAGCAGUUUACCGAGCUGUACUUCGAACGAAGACAGGCUAGCCUAUGAAAAUACCUCGCUAGUUAAUACCAGUCCAAUGCAUCCGUGCGUGUAUAUAUCGUCGUACAAUAAUAAAACACCCGGCACCGGAUUUAUAGCGCGACAUAAUCCUCUUAACUACCAAUCCGCUAAUAAAAACUGCGCCAGAGCGAUAACUCGGAGUCCGGUUGAUUUCCGAGAGGGGCGGCGAGCUAGCGACGGCUUAGUCGCCCAGCAGGCCGCGCAAGCCGACGAAACUCAGAAAAAUAGCUUAGCCUUCAACAGUCAAAAACUCAAUGAGAACUGUAAAGCGAAGGGUGUUCUAGAAUUACACCUCGUGCAAAAAGAAGCCCAAAAAUUAAAAACACAAUAUCAGUCCACGAUACCCGCAGAGGAAAUGACGCAACGGCAAAUCCAACAUAAUCAGUUCGCGGCCACCUUCACUCCGCAUUACUUAGACACCAAGAAUCCGACGCCGAAGCGGAUCAGUCUUCCGGAGUCUUUCAACUACUCGAGCACGUCUCCGCCAAUGCCGGCCAGCCCAAAAAUGGUAUCGCAGCUACAGGAUAGUUCGGAAUUACACGCCUCCCAAGUCAGCAAACCCCCCCUACAACAACAGCUCAUGCAGCAUAGACUGUUUCAACAAAAGAGGCAAUUGCUACAGAAACAAAUGACCCCGCCCAAUAUACCUGUACACGAAAUGAACGCGUUACAUAACAUUCAAGUUGGUUUAAGUAGACGGCAGAUGCUACGGCAACAGAGCUACAAGAUCGCCCAGCAGCAGCAAGUGUUGCCGCCUCUGCCGCUGUCGGAAAGUGAAAAUCGAGAUCUAUUAGCAUUUCAAGCUAUAGUCGAAGAUCCGAAUAGACUGAAGCAGAAAGCUGAUGAAACGCAGGAGGAGCUGGCGAAGUUUUCAUAUCAAGGCUCUAUGGAGAUAAACAUUAUGAACAAGGAUAGGUUAGGCAACGAGAACUGGUCGAACCUCCCGUCCAGUUUGCAGAGCGCUUGUCAGAUAUCAGAGCUGAGCAGGCGGGAAGUUAAAGAAAAUCGCGAAGGUGAAACCAGCCAUUCUCUAGAUGCUCCUCUCUGGCCCGGUCAGUGGAACGCGUCGCUGUUCCAACCGCAAGCCUGCUUCCAGCCCAGCUGGCAAGGACAUAGCCUCCCUCCAACCACUAAUAUGUUACCGCUCAGCGAAAGUCCCAUACUGGAGUUAACUGAACAAAUGGAGUCGAUUUAAAAGUAUUAUUACAACUGCCAUAGUACUAAAUUUAAUCAGUCAUAUUAGAAAGCUCUAUCUUAUUUCAGAUCUGUAGCUGUUGAUCAUAAACAUAUACCUAUUAUGAAGUAUUUAAUAAUGUGGUUAGCUGUAGAAAUUCCUAGAAAAAAUUAGAAAUUCAAGGAAUGAAAAUAGCUUAACUGAAAACUAGGACUUAAACAUUUCACAUGUAUAAGACAUUCCACUAUGAUGUAUUCGUUUAUCUAAUGUAUUUUGUAUUAAUAUUUUAAGAUAAUUAAUAAUCGAAUUGUCACACAAGAUAAAACUGUAUUUGCAUUAUUAUAAUUGUAGCUCACGGAACAGUGUUCAGGUUGCACGAAAAAUAAGUUUAAGUGUUAUUUAUCUGGAAGAAUCGAAACAUUUUUGAACACAUUAUGUAAUAGUUUUUUGUACAUUUAAGUAUACAAUAAUCUCGA